AUGACAAACAAGUGGAUAUCAAAUCACCCUGGUAACAUGGUGAUUUACCAACCACAGGAGGUAGAAUGGGAAUGGAGGGUGGUGGAACUUAUUGACUGGAAUGUUAGUGCAUGGGAUAGAAACUUGAUAGAGACGAAGUUCCAUAAAGAAGAUGCUGAUGCAAUCCUUAGAAUCCCACUUAGUAGAAGAUUCAUGGCUGACUCUAUUUUUUGGCUCUUCAACAAAGAUGGGGACUAUUCUGUCAAGUUAGGUUAUAGGGUGGCAUGUAAAGUCAUGAAGGAAGCGAGCAUGCAGGGGGAAAGCUCAAUGGCAGGAGAUAUUGAAGAUGGCACCUGUGUACUCUGUAAACGAACCAGUGAAAUAGAGUUGCAUGUGUUGUGGGAAUGUGGCGUGGCUCAGGACAUAUGGGCUGGGAGCAUGAGGAAGUUACAGAAAGGAAAGGGUGGCCAACUUGAUUUUUUGCACUUGGUGGAGGAGUUAAUGUUGAAGCUGUCUCAGGAGGAGUUGGAGUUGUUUUUCGACCCUUCUCGGCUGGUGAAAAGAGCUGGUGAAUUCUUGGAAGAGUUUAAACAAUCCCAAGUUCAGUUGGCUGUGUCGACAGUCAGUGCGAGAAGUUCAAGGUGGAAUCCCCCGCCGGGCCUGAGUUACAAACUUAAUUUUGAUGCAGCCAUCUUUCAGGAUGGUGAGGCAUCGAGGUUCGAGGUGGUGAUCCGAAAUAAUGGUGGAGAGGUUAUGGCGGCUCUAUCUGCAAGAGGACUAGCUGUUUUUGACAGCGAGGAAGUGGAGGUGCUGGCUUGCAGGAAGGCGCUGGAGUUUGCUUCCGACUCGGGCUUCGUUGACAUUGUACUUGAAGGAGACAACUCUGUGGUUAUGGAUGCCAUUUCAAGCUCACGCAUGCUUCAUUCUAGGCUGGGUCAUUUGUACUUAGACAUCCACUGCCUGGCUACGAGAUUACAUGUCCGCUCGCUGUCCUGUGUUGCUCGUUAA